AUGAUCUCUGCUACUCCCUCGCCCUCCGCCAGGGCGUUGCGGAGCCGCGACAACUCCCCGUCGCCUCAUCCGCGUUCUCUGGGUCGCAUGCCCUCCAACCAGCGGGUGAACACGGCUCUUCAUCCUGCCUCAAUCACUCCGGUCUCCGCCAACAGCACAUCCUCCAUGACCCAGAGCCCCUAUAUCAGCUCGAUCCAAUCUUCUCCAUUGGUGUCUCAUCCCAUCCACCAAUUACCUCACCUCGGGAACCCCGUCCCAUUUGAGCUCGGCGAGAGCCUCGUCUUCCCUCAUGUGUUUUCACCCCCCAAGGAACCCUCGGCAGGCUCCAAGGUUGGAAUCAUGCGCAAGCUCUCCCAAAGUGCCAAAGAUGGCGUGUCCUCAGCUCGACAGACUCUGCGGAGGAAGGCCUCAUCAUCUGCCCACUCCCGGCGUGAUGGAAGCACUGGCCCAAUCACCAGACGUCGCAGUGACAGCAAGAAUGCCGUUACGAGUGGUUACGCUGUGGAGUCGCCGUCUUUGGACCCCUUGCCCCUGGAUCUGCAGACGGGCUUGGGACUGUACGCUGGUGACACAAUGAGCAUCUCCAGUGAGCCCACCACAUUGAUAGACACGAGUCCCGAGGGCCAAGCUCCGUGCGUCCCGGAGCAUCUGGUGGCGGGUUGCUUGUUGACCAAGAUCACCAAGAACAAAAAACAAGAGAAACUAUUCUACAUGGACGUCGAGGGUUCCCGUGUCUCGUGGAAGGGUGCUGUGACAACCAAAGUCUUUCAUAUUGACAACAUCAAGAGCAUCCGGAGUGGCGAGGAAGCUGCCAGCUACCAGUCACAGCUCCGUGGUGAAGCUGUCGACCCGGAACUGUGCUUCACCAUCAACUAUACCACGUCCGAUUCGGCCAAGCAGGUCAAGUCAUUACAUCUCGUUGCUCGCAACCACCAGGAUCUUCGACUAUGGGUCGAGACCUUGGAAAGCCUGGCGAAGCAUCGAGAGGAGCUGAUGACGAGCAUGGUCGGAUCGACCGAACGCGAAUCCGUCGUGCUUUGCCGUAAACUCCACAUCCACAUUCCCGAGAGGGAGUUGGAGGAACAUUUUCACACUGUCGACGUCAACAAGUCGGAACUCUUAGACUACCCUCAAUUCCGGGAGUUCCUCAGACGUCUUCGAGAAAGAAGCGAUAUCAGGAAGAUCUUCGACGAACUGAGGGGUGACGAUUCCGGGGGCGUUACGAGGUCUCAGUUCAUUGCCUUCCUGAAGCGUCAUCAAGGGAUUCAUAUCGAUUCCCUUUCCGAGUCUGAUGUCUGGGAGGAGAAGAUCAACGACUUGAUAGCAAUGUCAUUUCCAGAUGAUCCCGUCAUGCAAAGAUCCGGUCUCAUUGACGCUAACGCCUUUGCAUCAUUCCUUGUCUCCAAGGACUGCCAUGUCUACGCCAAGCCCGAAGCUUCGGUUCCCAACUUUGAUCGACCUCUGGGUGAAUAUUUCAUUUCAAGCUCACACAACACAUAUCUGACCGGCUGGCAAGUGGGAGGCACCGCUUCAGCGGAAACCUACAUCACUGCCUUGCGACACGGAUGUCGCUGCGUUGAAAUUGACUGCUGGAACGGUCAAGAUGGCAACCCGAGAGUGACCCACGGUCGUACUCGCACGAGUUCGGUUCUUUUCUCGGACUGCAUCAAUGCCAUUCAAAGAUGUGCGUUCGAUGUCACGCCGUACCCGGUGAUCAUUUCCCUGGAAGUUCACUGUGAUGCCGAACAACAAGCCAGAAUGGUGCAGAUCAUGUGUGACGUGUUUGGGGAGCGCCUUCUUCUUUACCCUCUGCCUGGCUUUACGGCGCAGCUGCCUUCCCCAGAAGAUCUCAAGUACAAGAUCCUCAUCAAAGUGAAGUCCACAGAGCUUCACGCUGACCUUGCAGCCUCGCGGCGUCCUGCUCCUGUGAAUCGAGAUCGGAGCGCAAGUUCUCCGAACAGACUCGGGGCCCAACCGACGAACUGGGUCCUUCCACCAAAAGUACCCUAUGUCUCGAGUCCCGCGUUGGUUACGCCUCCAGAAACCAUCUAUUCACCCACUGACCGAUCGGUCACGGCAACAAGCGGAAGCAGUGCCGAUGAGGAAAGCGAUGUCGCGCCGAACUCACCUUCGACCAUUGAAAGUCAGCGGCGUGCCCCAAAGUUGAGCAAGGUGGGCUCUCAUUUGUCUGCUCUCGGUGUAUAUAUGAAAGGCUAUACCCUCCGCGAUGCUAAGGACCUUCGUUUUCAACAAUUCAACCAUAUAUUCUCGCUCAACGAAAACAGAGCCAUCGAGCUCUGUCGUUCUACCGAGCACAAAUCUCUGUUUGAGGACCACAAUCUCCACCACCUGUGCCGAGUUUACCCCAAGACUCUGCGCUUCCAGUCCUCCAACUUUGAUCCCAAUACCUUCUGGCGGAGGGGUGUCCAAAUGGUCGCCUUGAAUUGGCAGACCUUCGACGCUCAUAUGCAGAUGAACCAAGCCAUGUUUGCCGCCGGUACAGACGCGUAUGGCUAUGUGUUGAAGCCCGACUAUCUCAGAAAGCCACGGACCAAGCACGGAGAUUUCGAGCAUCGGGUCAAGCUGCCCCGCUAUAAGAUCAGAUUCUCCGUCCAAGUUAUUUCGGCUCAACAGUUGCCUCGAGCGGCAAACAUGGGCAAAGAUGCCCCAUUGAACCCGUUUAUCGAAGUGCAAAUGUUCAGCGCAGAGGACCGAGCUCGGGGGAUAGCCAACGGCACUGGUGGCACCGAGACCUACUCGAACGGCUACCACGGCAUUGGAUCGCCCUAUCGGAGGCAGACGCAAAUUCGGUUUGGCAAUGGGUACAACCCUCAAUUUGGGGAAAACAUCGAACUUUCGCUCGAGACCAAAUACCCUGAACUUGUUUUUGUUCGAUUCAUUGUCCUCAAUUCGGAUGACGGAAGACACACGGGCAAAGGGGUCAAACAGCUUGCGGCCUUCACAGCCAAACUCGACAGCCUGCAGAAAGGUUAUCGACAUCUCCCCUUGUUUAAUGGACAAGGAGAAGAGUUCAUAUUCUCUACGCUGUUUUGCAAGAUCGCCAAGCAGGAGCCCAAGUUGAUGCCCUGGUCGUUGCAGGACGUCGCGGAGCGGACUUCCAGACCUAACGUGCUGCGAGGUUUCCUUUCACGCGGCCUGUCCAGCGAUCGAGGCAGGGAGCGUGGGUCCGGCGUCGAGGAACCAGACCCUUCCCGAGCAAGAUCCAAUCGUGAGACCGAGGAGAAGGCUACCAAAAAGUAA